UUUUAGAGAUGGCAAUGUCUGCAGAAGAAGAAAUACCGGCGAUGGCCCAGCACUAUUUGGUUUGUGGCAUUGAAGACUGUAAGAGUAAUUGUCAGUUCUAUUGCAAUCCUUGUCACCAAAGAUUGUGUGAACGAUGCAGAGAUGAACAUCAGGAGAGUCCUGAUACCAAGAACCAUCAAGUGUUCCCUUACAAACAACGCAAACCAAAACUUCCAGAGGAGAUAUGCAUUCUCCAUCCAAAACGAAAUGUAGAAAUUCUAUGUAAGGAAUGUAAUGUCCCUCUUUGCGCUAAGUGUAUCUUCAUGAAAGAGCACACUGGUCAUCAACUUGACGAUCUGGAAGAAAAAUACGCGGAAAAGGUCGCAUUUUGCAGAACAGAAAUAUCCAAAAUCCAGGAGUAUUACCUCUCAACAUCACAAGGUUUAAAAAAAGAGAUUAAAGAAGAUGUCAUGGCAAUAAAAAAUACUAUGGACGACAUCAGAAAUUCCAUAAGGGCUGAAGCUGACUCUUUAAAAGAAUUAGUUGAUAAGGUCACAUCAGACAAAUUGGAACAAGCCAAUAAAAUAGAAGAAACACUUCUCAAAACAUUAAAUACACAGGAAAAAACUUAUGAGGAUUACACUGAAUAUCUUGAAAAACUUCUAAGGGAGUUACACAGCUACAAGUCCGUAGCUAAUUUUAGAAUUGUAUUUUCUGAUGAUUUUGAAAAUUUGAAAAUCCAGUCUAUACCAGAGACAACACAGCCUGUGCUACCAGUGUUUACUGCUGGCCAGUUCUACAAAGACGAUGUUUCUAAGUUGCUUGGUAGCGUAAAUUUUCCGAACACCAAACCUGAUAAUAGAAGAAUAAAACUCAUGGAGACUGCCUCUACACAGUUGAAACUUACAGGGAAACAGACGAGACGAGACGUAGAGAAAUCUGCCAUGAAACAAACACUGUCUCUGUCUUCCUCUGUCACCAAGGUCAAGGAGUACACAGUACCAGGUGUUAACAGGGUAUGUCAUAUAUCAUCGGGUAAUUCAGGCAGACUCUGGGCCAGUGAUGCUAUCGGUAACCUUGUCCAAACAGAUCUACAGGGGAAUCCGCUACAGCAAAAAAAAACCAGUGGUGGAUCUGAAGGCUACCACACAGUCACACAGGACGGGGAUCUGAUCUAUACAGACAGAAAGAACAAAGUCAUCAAUAGGAUAAAACAGGAUAAUACAAUGACUGAAUUCAUUAAAACAGGAGACUGGGAACCAAUCAGCAUACACUCCUCUCACAUCAACGGGGACAUACUGGUGGGGAUGAUAAAGGAUGGAGAGGUUAAAGUCACCAGGUACAACAAGACAGGGAAAGAAAUACAGAACAUACAGAGAGACAACAAAGGACAGGAGUUGUAUAGUGAACCACACUACAUCACAGAAAACAUCAAUGGUGAUAUCUGUACAUCAGACUAUAACAAGCAAGCUGUAGUGGUAGUGAAUAAAUCAGGACAACACAGGUUCUCCUACACAGGUCAGGGGUCAAUGUUUAUUCCCUAUGGUAUCUGUACUGAUCUCCUCGGUCACAUCAUUGUCUGUAACGGUUAUCCUGGCAAUAAUUCACUUCACAUCAUUGAUCAGGACGGUCAGUUCUUGUCUCUACUACUCACACCACAACAAGGGAUACGUCCCUUUGGUGUGUGUGUAGAUGAUGAGAACAAUCUCCAUGUGGGACAAUUUAACACCACCAAAGUGACAGUGUACAAGUAUCUACAGUAAAUCUUCAACGUAAAGAUUUAUGUCAGCCGUCAUUCAACAGUAUUUGUAUAUAAGACAUUUAUUUUGUCUUCGAUCUAAAUCAUUGGGAACGUGCGUGUAGUAAAAUGCAUUUGCUAUAACACUAAAUAAACUGCAAUGAUCGCUACCUUCAAAACCCGCAUGAAUUAUCAAAGAAAGUAGUUUAUUAUUUAUAUUUUAAACAUCUUUCUUUUAACUUAUUACUAAAUUGAUUAUGAAAAGUUAGUAAAAUUCACUAAAUUACUAUUAACGUACAUGUAUAAGUAAGUAAGCUAAAAGAAACAGCUAAAUCGUCUCCUGUGAGACUUUGAGUCUGGCAUCAUCAUGAUUAUUUCGUCCAGUCUGUGAUUUUACUUUGGUCGCUGUAAGUUCAAACCAGUCGAUGAACAGGGCGUGUCAAUUUCAGUCCUGUCACUUUCAGCCUCUGUAGAUUUCGACCAAUCGAUAAAUGGGGCGUGCAUAUUUCAGUCUGGCUGUUUCUAUACAGCUAUGAAUUAAAACCAUUUUAACAAGAGCUUGGACUUUGGGUAGUUGUGUCAAACAGCAAUGUGACGUAAGCCUGUCUAUUUCACUGCUGGCCACUCAGCCCUGGCUCUUUUAAAAUCAACAAGAUUUGUCUGGCUUUUGAGCUAAGACUACGCAAUCGGUGCAUAUUUCGCUUGAAACCACGGCAUUUUUAACUUGUUUUGACACAAGAAAUAGAUAUCUAUGUCCAAUCGAAAGUCCAAGCUCUUGUUAAAAUGGUUCUAACUAUAACUUUCCGUAAGAAACAGAGGAAAUUAUACUUGGUAGUUGUAAAUAUCGUACAGUGAGUCUUCCUCGCUCGGUCAUCCGAAGGUUUGACCCAUCGUAGUUUGUAGUGUUUUAUUUGAUGACGAAAGGAUUCGAAUAUGCUGAUCAAUCAAAUUUCAAAUUAAACGGCUAGGUCAUUGUAAAAGACUGUUCUACAUGUAUCAUCUUGUUGGUAAGUUACACCAUUUAGUUAGAUGGUCAACAAAAAACCCAUCAGAUCUGAAAUACAAAAAACCAAACAGUUUGACUAUAAAAUUUGAAUAUUUUUCUAUAUCUUUGAAUGAAGCUCUUCGCAUAAAGUAGAUAAAUAUUGCGUAAAAAUGACCACAACCAUCCAGCCCUGAAACUGAAUAGUUCAUCCGGACUAUAGAGGAAAGAACACCUGCUAUUUUUUAGGUCAUUAUCAAAAGUCUAAUAUUAUCUCAAAAUUAAACAUUGCUAGUUUCAUAGGAUUUGUAUUCGUUCGAUUACUUUUAAACUUAGUUUAAAGAUCAAACAAAAUGCAUUUUUCUGAAUUCUUUUCUGAUUUAACUAUUGUCUUAACAAUUCGUGAAUCAUUUGUGCGUUAAUGCCUUAAACAUAAUAUAUUUGACAUGAACUAUAUUUUGCGGAAAAUAAGUUUUUUCAACGAGAUGGCGUGGAAUUGAAUUGGCGUAUUCUUGAAUGUUCCUUUUCUUAAACCCCUGUCACACCUGAGCUGCGUCCUCACGGCGAUCCCGCUGCGUCCCUAAAUAAUGUAAAACGUCAAGGUAAACGCAGUAGAGUCUCAUACAGCGCCGUAAGAACGCAACGGCAUCUUCGUCCGUCGCGGAUGGAUCGCCUUGAACAUUGAAGAACGCCAUGCGACGGCGCGCACUUUGAACAUGCACAAAGUAGAUAUAUUUCUUCCAAUCGGAGUUUUGAACUUUAAAGCCACCUUCUUGUCAGAAGUGAGCAUUUAAUUUUUAUGGUUUUUGUUGCAAUUUUUAAUUCCAAGCAAAACCGGAAGCAGAACUUCCAUUGAAACUUCUAAUUCCUUGCAUUUUUGUGGCUAGAUUUUUUUAAAGAUUUAUUAACAGUGAUUUUUUUCGGCUUUGGUUUUUGGUUGUUUUUAUAAGGGGGGGGGGGGCUUCAACUCUUGUAAAAAAAAAUGUUGUACAUGUAAUGUAAUUGUUAUGCAAUUUAAUUAGAUUAGGUGAUAUGGUGUAUGUUAUGAUGUUAUUGCAACCAAAGUACCAUACCCACGCACUAGAAGUUUACACACAUCAAUGUUUGGUGAAAGAUUGUCUUAUUCAUUACUUCGGUGUUUGCUUUACUUGACAAUAUUAAAAUGUUUGAAAAAUUACAAGACCUAUAUAUUACUACGUGCUAUCAUUCAUUUGAAGUCGAGGUUCUAAACGCAAACACGGUUUAUUUGCGAAAAAAAAAAUCGCCAUUGGAUCCCAAGACGACCCAAUGGUCUGUCGUAUCACUCAAUGAUGACAUUAUCUUUCGAACUUGUCAGUCGAAAAAAGAUAGAUUGAGGCUUCACGGAUAUAAGAAGUAGUUUAUCACUAAAAUUGUUUGUUUUGUAAUUUAUCUUUUUUGGCCAUUUAGCCCCCCCCCCCUUUUUCCCCCUCCAUUCCCCAAAUUAAUUUGGGCUAGUUUCCUUACAUACUCUCAUAGUUAUAAGUCGCCUACUGUACGAGUGCUUGCGAUCAAUUGUUGUUUAUUCUGGUAAAUUGUCAUAAAUCAACAUUUUGAAGUCAAUUGGUAGAAAGCGUGUUUUAGAACUACUUAACUUGUUAAUUUGUUAAACUUCUGAGCUAAGUUUGUUUUGCUUUUUAAAGUUUAAUAACCCCUGUAUUGAAUGUUGUCCCGUUUUUAUGGACCAUAGUUCAAAGAUUGUGUCAAGAAAAUUGUUGUUUGCUUUCAAAAGCAGCACUUAUUCCAUUGCCUUUUGACAUGAUAUCUUAUUUUGUUUGCAUAAAGAUGUAUAUAUUUAUAUAUAAACUUAACCAUGGACUUGUUUUACAUUCAGAAUCAACAUAUUUCAAGUUAUUCGUUUUACAAAAUGUUUCUUUUAUACAAUUUCUGGUAAAAAAAAAAAAGAAAUAUGA